AUGGCGCUCCCAAGCUCUAAGCCAAAGCUGCCUGUCGCAGUCGAGAAGCCCACGCCCUACACAUUCGAUCUCGGCCAUCUUCUCGCAGAGGACCCAAACCCCGUCACUCUCGACCGCGAUAAUCUCGAGCAGUCCCUCGCUGAGCUUGCCCGGGACGGCGCCCAGUCUCUCAUCAACCAGUUCCUCUCCACCUGCCCUCUCAACUCCACCGCCGAGGGUGUCCUUCUCACCCUUCCCGCCCCGAGCACCCGUCUCCCCCGCGAGAAGCCCGUUCCGCAGGCCAAGCCUCCUACUAAGUGGGAGCGCUUCGCCGCUAAGAAGGGUAUUAAGCCCAAGACUCGCGAGCAACGUCGCAACCUUGCCUUCGAUGAGCAGACAGGUGAAUGGCAGCGCAAGUGGGGGUACAAGGCUCUCAACAAGAAUGGCGAGGACUGGCCCAUUGUCGAGGUUGAUAUGGAAGCCGAAAAGAAGCGAAAAGAGGGUACCUCAAUCCGUGGCGAUGGUCGAAGAGAGCGCAAGGAGAGAAUCAAGCGCAACGAGCGAAAGAUGCGCAAGAACCAGGCUCAAGGCACAGGAAAAUAG